UCUCUCCUCUCUAUUAUUUUGUUCAGUUCUCCCUAAUUUUUAUUGAAAUGAGCGAAAUAUUUUUAUUACAGUCCAUUUUAUAUGAUCUCUACAUAUUAUUUUCUCAGGAAAUUUUAAUUAAUUUGAACGCUUUUAGUACUGUUAAUGACUACUGAGCUCGCGAACUCGAACUCGAACUCGAACUCGAACUGGACUUACAAUUUUGAUUGGUGUUCAAUUGUUCAUUGUGCAGACGUGCUUCCCAUUUUAUGUUGAUGAUAUGAUAUUGUUUGUUAAUUGUGUAUAAAUUGAUUUUUGAUUGAAUAAGAAUGAUUGAUGUUAACUGAACUAGUCAAAAUAUGAUCCACUGAUUAGUUGUUGUUUGAAUUGUUUUCCUGUAGCUUUGGAAACUGUUUUCUGAUUGUUAAUCAGAUUGAUUAGUGGAAAAAGGGAGAAAUGAGCAUCAGUUUGUGGUGUUCAUCGUCUUUGGAGGCGAACAAUCCUCAUCCGGAGGGUUUUCGUUCCAACAGAACAAAAGUUCCUUUGCCGAAGGCAUCUGUGAGGCCAAUUAAGAAGGAUGAGUUUCGUAAUUUUGGUUAUGAUGCUCAGAGAGCGGUUGUUGCCUCGUCGGGCCAUUUGGCGCCUGAAGGAUUGCAGGAGGUAUCCAAGAGUAAGAAGAAAUGGGGAGAGAUGAAUAAUAAUCGGAAAUUGGAGUAUGUUAGGACUUUGUUGAUUGAUAAUUAUGAUAGCUACACUUUCAACAUUUACCAAGAGUUGUCUGUUACCAACAAGGUUCCUCCUGUUGUGGUGCGCAAUGAUGAAUGGACAUGGGAAGAAGCUUACUAUUACUUGUACGAGGAAAGAGCCUUUGAUAAUAUCGUCAUAUCACCUGGCCCUGGUUCUCCAAUGUGUGCUUCUGAUAUAGGGUUAUGCCUUCGCCUGCUGCUUGAAUGUAGGGAUAUACCUAUUUUGGGUGUUUGCCUUGGACAUCAGGCAUUAGGAUAUGUCCAUGGUGCUCAAAUUGUACAUGCAUCUCAACCGAUACAUGGACGCUUGAGUGAGAUUGUGCAUGAUGGUAGUAGACUAUUUGACAACAUCCCUUCUGGGGAAAAUUCUGGUUUCAAGGUUGUUCGUUACCAUUCACUUGUUGUAGAUGAGGACACAUUGCCUAAAGAACUUGUUCCCACAGCAUGGACCUGUUCGAGUAAUACACUUACUUUUCUUGAUACUUCUUGCUUGAUCCCUGAUUCCUGUUCUAGCAAGGGAAGCCAGAAAAUGAGCAUGAAGUAUUCACCUUCUUAUCCUGGAGAUGGAAAUUCUUUGCCCUCUUUUUACGGUGAUCGUGGACAAAGUGAAAAAGUUCUCAUGGGUAUAAGGCAUGUCAGCAGACCUCAUUAUGGUUUGCAGUUUCAUCCUGAGAGUGUUGCAACCAAUUAUGGGAGGCAGAUGUUUCUGAACUUUAGAAACAUAACUGUGGAUUAUUGGCAAGGAUUUGGGCAUGCAUCUUCUAAUAGGAAGUUAAAUGCAUGCAUGCAGGUGCCUCAGCCAGUUCAGCCCUCCAGGUUAUCGGCAAGGAGACCAUUUGUCAAUAAGGAGAAUCACAUUAGCCAUUCUAGUAUCAGCAAUCUUUUUAGUAUUUCAAGAAAGAGUAUGAGAGUUCAACACCUGAAACUGAGGUGGAGUAAACUUGAUUCUCUUGCUAACGAAGUUGGUGGGGCAAGAAAUAUAUUUUCCAAACUUUUUGAGAAUUGCAACGCUGAAGAAACCUUUUGGCUAGACAGUUCAUCUAUAGAAAAGGGAAGAGCUCGCUUUUCGUUUAUGGGGACAAAAGGUGGAUCUCUAUGGAAGCAGCUUACUUUUAAACUGUCGGAUGAAAGAACUGGAGGUCAUCUCUCAAUUGCAAAUGCUCAGGGAAAUGUUACAAGCAUGUAUUUGGAAAAUGGUUUUCUUGAUUUCUUAGACAAGGAUCUCAAAUCAAUGCAUUGUGACCAGGAAGAUUAUCAAGGGCUGCCUUUUGACUUUUCCGGUGGAUAUGUUGGUUACAUUGGGUAUAAUCUAAAAGUUGAGUGCGGAUCUGCAUCUAACUGCCACAAAUCUUCUGCACCAGAUGCUUGCCUUUUCUUUGUAGAUAACUUUUUGGCAAUUGAUCAUCACAAUGGUGAUGUUUACAUUUUGUCAGUGCGGGACAAAAGCUCAGCUGAACCAUCAUGGCUAGAUGAAAUACAGUUGAAGCUUCUUAACUUGAAAGGUUGCGCUACCGAUGUUAACAACAAACAUCAAAUCUGUCCACCUGUGUUGUCUCCACUGAAGGCUGGUUUCAUGUCCGAAAAAUCAAGAGAUGAGUACAUACAGGAUGUUCAGAAGUGUCUUAGAUAUAUCAAAGAUGGAGAAAGCUAUGAGUUGUGUCUCACAACUCAGAUGAGGAAGAAUAUUGACAAGGUAGAUCCUUUAAAUCUUUACCUCAGGCUCAGAGAACAGAAUCCUGCCCCGUAUGCUGCAUGGCUGAACUUCCCGAAAGAGAAUCUAUGCAUCUGCUGUUCUUCUCCAGAAAGGUUUCUGCGUUUGGAUAGAGAUGGUAUCCUGGAAGCAAAGCCAAUUAAAGGUACCAUCUCUCGAGGUUCAACUCCAGAAAGAGAUGAACAGCUAAAAUUGCAGCUUCAAUACAGUGAGAAGGAUCAGGCUGAAAAUCUGAUGAUAGUUGAUCUGCUCAGAAAUGACCUAGGACAGGUUUGUGAUCCCGGUUCUGUUCACGUGCCCAAACUCAUGGAUGUGGAGUCUUACGCCACCGUACACACAAUGGUAAGUACAAUAAGAGGGAAGAAGUGUGAAGAUGUAAGUCCAGUCAAUAGUGUUAGAUCUGCAUUUCCUGGUGGAUCCAUGACAGGUGCUCCAAAAUUAAGAUCAAUGGAGAUUCUCGAUUCUCUUGAAACUUGUUCAAGAGGUAUUUAUUCUGGUUCUAUUGGGUACUUCUCACUUAACGGGACGUUCGAUUUGAACAUCGUGAUAAGGACGGUUGUUAUACACGAGGGUGAAGCUUCGAUUGGUGCCGGAGGUGCAAUCGUUGCUUUGUCGAAACCCGAGGAUGAGUAUGAAGAAAUGGUACUUAAAACUCGGUCCACCACAACGGCUAUUGUAGCAUGCGAAACAGACUCUGUUGUGUCUGGUGAAAUACCCAUCAAUGAAGCUGCUAGUUAACAGGAAAUUGUACUAAUGUACCAUUGUAUUCCUAUGUAGCACCUCUAUUGAACCUUUAGAAAGUUAGAAUACAAGAAAAAUUGGAGACAGAUAUAGCAUAGAAAAAAAAAAAUACAUACAUACAUAGGCAGAAUUCGGGUUGGAAGAGACGAUUGAUUAGAAAUGCAACUGAUUCUGCAUCACACAUCAAUGUUGUAAUGUACUUGACUGGUCUAUUUAUGCAAGCAAUAUUUAUAGGUAA